CGUUGCUCAAAACCGGUUUAGAAUAAUGGAUCCCGCAAACAAACUUCAACACCCGCCGGCGCGGGCAUAACAAACUUUUUCGGUUAUUUUUAUCUGCUAUCUCUGUAACAAUUCAAUUCUUUCUGAGCUCAUAAAGCAAAGCAAAAUGGUUUAUCACUCAAGCUUUUGUGAUGAAGAUGGAGUCACAAAAGCUUGUGGGUGCCCAUUACUUCCUUUAAAAAGUCAUAUAAAGGGUCCUGCUCCUGUUUCUGAUCAAGAUAGAACUGAUAUAGUUGAUGAAGCGAUUACGUUUUUUCGAGCUAAUGUGUUCUUCAGAAACUUUGAUAUUAAGAGUCCAGCUGAUAAGCUACUAAUUUACUUGACAUUCUAUAUCAAUGUGGCUUUGAAGCGCCUCGAGGGUUGUAGAACAUUGGCUGAAGGAACCAAGGCCAUUAUUAAUUUGGGUUUGGAGAAAGUUCCGGUUCCUGGAGAAUCUGGAUUUCCUUUUCCUGGCCUUUUUGUUAAUCCUGAAUCUCACAAGGAAGCAGAGUUGUUUAGGAAUUACCUGAAGCAGAUAAGGGAAGAAACAAGUGGUAGAUUGUUAAGUGUUGCAUAUAGGCCCAAUGGCACUCCGAACAAAUGGUGGUUGGCAUUUGCUAAGAGGAAAUUUAUGAAUAUUAUUGCUCUUUGAGUUGUUUAUCAUAUUUUUUAAAUGGCCUGUAGAGGAUAUUAUGCUUUCGGUUAUCAUACCAAAUAGUACAGUUCUAUCAAAAUAUAUGAAAGAAGAUAUGGGGCUUAUGUGUCUUCUCCAUGUCGUCCUGUAAGUACCCCAAUUGAAUGCCAUUGGGGCAUGAUAGCUUGUCUUAAAUAACCAACUCAGUUGUAUAAUUUUCAAUGAAAUUCGGAUUCUUA